AUGUCUCAAACUUCCCCCACAUUACAGCUUAUCGAGCGGGCGGAACUCAUCAAGCAAGGAGCCGAGGCCCGAGUAUAUAAGCUCCCCGUCUACUUCCCCAAACCUUCUAUCCGCUGGCCAUCCAAGCUCAAGAAACUCGCUGAAGAAAUCCCUCAAGCAUCCUCCUCCACCUCGACAUCAUCGCCGACCCCUCUUCUCCUAAAACACCGUUUCCCCAAGACCUACCGUCAUCCGCACUUAGACUCCCUCCUCACCCGCCAACGCAUUCAAUCAGAAUCCCGUUCGCUCCUCCGAUGUCUGAAAGCCGGGAUUACCGUCCCCCUGUUGAGGAUGGUGGAUGUGGAAGCGGGGAUGGUGGGGAUGGAAUGGAUAGACGGAUGGAGUGUGAGAGAGGUCUUGGGUGGGGGUGCCGAGGGGGAAGAAGCGGAUCCGGAGUUGGAAGAUGAGGGCGAGGUAGAUGAGGAGAAGGCGAGGAGGAGGAAGGAGGCUGAGGGGGCGUUGGAAAGUUUGGGAAUAACUAUCGAGCAACUCAUGACCUCAAUCGGCAAGACCCUUUCCACUCUCCACCUAGCCCAGAUCAUUCACGGCGACCUGACGACAUCCAACAUGAUGCUCCGGCCCGCCCCGACCAAAUCCGAGGGGUACGAGAUCGUCCUCAUCGACUUCGGCUUGAGCUCGCAUUCGAACGUACCGGAAAACUUGGCCGUGGAUCUGUAUGUGCUGGAGAGGGCGUUUGCUAGUACGCACCCGACGAGCGAGAGGUGGUAUCAGGGGGUACUCGACGCUUAUGCGAAAGGAUUGGGAGAGAAGAAAUGGGCGCUCGUGGGUGGUCGAUUAGACGAAGUGCGGCUUAGAGGAAGGAAGAGGGACAUGAUCGGUUAA